AUGGACAGCGAAGAGGCCGGCGAUUACUCUGAUGUGCAUCGUAUUUAUAACAUAGACAAUGACGUCCCUGAAACCUUCCCUCAGAAUGAGGUGACAAUCGAGCUUCCGGGAAGUGACCAAAUUGAGUUACCGCCCGUGGAAAAUGACGACGGCAACUCAGAUGAGACGCAAACGAUACUUGAUAAGGAUGACGGACCACGUGAAGUAUGGAAUAAGAAAGCGGAGUAUUUACUGUCAGUUAUUGGAUAUGCUGUAGAUUUGGCCAAUGUUUGGAGAUUUCCUCAUCUAUGUUAUAAAAAUGGCGGAGGUGCUUUCCUGAUUCCCUACUUCACCAUGUUAUUACUGUGUGCUAUGCCAGUGUUUCUAAUGGAGAUGUGUCUGGGUCAAUAUCACCGUCUAGGGCCGAUAUCUAUCUGGAGAAUGACACCAAUAUUUAAAGGUAUUGGUUUCGCCUCUUGUUUUAUGGCCUAUAUCGUAGCAUUUUAUUAUAAUAUUAUAAUUGGUUGGGCCUUCUUUUACCUCUUCUCUUCCUUUACUACUGAUCUUCCCUGGACAACUUGUGGCCAUUCCUGGAACACUGGUAACUGUUGGCAACCAGAGUGGAACCGAUCAGAACUCAAUUCCUCUUAUUAUAAUAAAACUGUUUCACCAACUAAUGAAUUCUUCGAACGAGGAAUGUUACAUAUAGAUAAAAGUAGCGGUAUAGAAGAUGUUGGAGGACUAAGAUGGCCGCUUGUUUUCUGGACACUUCUCACCUUCAUUAUACUAUAUUUUAGUCUCUGGAAGGGGGUUAAAAGCUCCGGAAAGGUAGUAUGGUUUACGGCUACAGUUCCCUAUAUCAUUCUAGCUAUUUUAUUGGUGCGCGGGUCAACCCUCCCCGGGGCUAAGGAGGGCAUCAAAUAUUUUAUUACACCCAAUAUCUCCAGGCUUAAUAAUCCACAGGUCUGGAUAGACGCUGCUGUGCAGAUAAUGUUUUCUGUAGGAGCAGGGUUUGGUACUCAUAUAGCCUAUUCCAGCUAUAACAGAUUUAAUAAUAAUUGCUUUAGAGAUUGUUUAAUAACGGUGGCUGUAAAUUGUUUUACCAGUGUAUUCUCGGGCUUUGUGAUAUUCUCCUACCUGGGCUAUAUGUCUUUAAAAUCACAUAAAGAAAUAGACCAGGUAGCUACAGAAGGUCCUGGUUUAGUAUUUAUUGUAUAUCCUGAAGCUAUCAGUACUCUUCCAGGCUCUACUAUCUGGGCGUUAAUAUUCUUUUUAAUGUUAAUAACACUAGGAUUAGAUAGUGCGUUCGGUGGUUUAGAAUCCCCUUUAACUGGGCUAAAAGACGAGUGCAAAAAAUUACGAAAAUUCCAUUUUUCCAGAGAAUUUUUAACUUUAUGUGUCGUCGGUUCAGCGUUUAUAUUUUCAUUGCCAUGUUUAACAGAGGGUGGUGUUUAUAUCUUUAAUAUAUUAGAUACAUUCGCAGCUGGUACAUCCAUAUUAUUCACAGUAUUUUCACAGGUUAUAGCUAUAUCGUGGUUCUACGGUAUAGAAGAGUUUUGUAACGAUGUAGAGAAGAUGACUGGAAUAAGGCCAGGUCUUUAUUGGAGAAUCUGUUGGAAGUUUAUCAGUCCUACUUUAUUAUUAAUUUUAGUUAUUACGAGUAUAAUCAACUAUGUUCCAUUGUCAUAUACCACAUCACUCCAGACCUAUAUCUACCCAGGUUAUUCCAAUAUUCUCGGCUGGUGUAUAGCUCUCUCAGUUAUUUUAUUAAUACCGGGAUUCGCUGUUUAUAAACUCAUCAAAACCCCAGGAACAUUCAAACAGAGACUGGCAUUGUGUAUUUCUCCGGAAUGGGAACAUACAGAAAUCAAAGAAGAAAAAGUUGUCAAAAGAUUCAAGGUAGGCAUGAAAAAUCUAACUGCACAAAUUGAAAUUUCAUCUAAAUAA